AUGUCUUCUGAUAUUUAUAGUGGAUUCAAAACGCAUUUGAAUUUAUUUUCUAAAAAUGUUUUCUUCUCUCUAGAAGAUGUGAAGGAUGUCCUCUUGAUAUAUGGACAAGAAGCAGAAGAGUGGGUACUGUAUUUAAAAUUUCUUUUUGGACACAUAGUGAGUGAAGGAGGAAUCUCACUCUACAAUCUAGAGACUUCAACUUUCAAGCACCAGGUACUAUUCUGUUUACCCUCUUAUAAAUGUAAACUCCUUAUACUCUCGUGUGGACUUCUUAACUGCCUGAAUCAAGAGAGAUGUUAUUUUCUGGAACAAGUUCUAAAACCUCUAGAAAAUGUGGUAAAUCUGCUUUGUGGGGUGGAGAAUUCAAUGAUUCUUUAUGAGACACUGACCUUAGAUGGAGGCAGCAGAGAGAUUUCCACUGAUCAGAAACCUGAGGAAUGUAUCGCUGUUGUUACUGGAAUUAUUCAACCAGAUCACCAGACAAGCUCUGAUAUUAAUUUGUCAAAUGUCAGGGCAGCAUCAGAAACAACAGACUUCAGUUCUAAAAAUGAGGUACUUUCUAAAAGUUUGGAAACUAAGGAGCAGUUGAUAUUGGUGCUUCCAAGAAGAGUAUCAUGUGAGAACCCUGGUGAAAUAUUCAUUCUGUUGAAAGAUGAAAUAGAUGAUGAAACUCUAGAAAUUGAAUUCAUAUCAGAUAAUCAACGAAUGAGAACACAGACAGCCUCUUGGAAUAAGAAGGUCAAGUAUGUAAAAGCCCUAGGCAUAAGGGAGCUGAUUAUAGGUCAUCAGACUAUAAAGGGAAAUUUUAAGCAUUCUGUUUUCAUCUCCUUUCUAAUAUUUCCUGCUGACCCUGUAUAUGUAAAUGUCUAUUGUGGGGGAGUCAUUAAGACCACAGCACACAUUGAGUACUACACUGCACUAGAGGAGAUUGAGCCCAUUUUAAAGAAAGCGGUUGACCCAAUAGCUUUCACUUGUCAGACAUUGAAGUUUUCUUCUGUAGAGAAGGUGGACAAUGUUCUGACUUUGUUAUUGAAAAGCAAAGUAUCUACUUAUGAAUUCAACCCAUUCCAAAGUGGAGAAGAGCAUCACCAACAAGCUGAUAACCAUUUGGAAGAAUUUCCUACUCUCCUUCACUGUGCAGCCAGAUUUGGAUUAAAGAACCUUGCAAUGUUUCUACUCAGUUGUCCUGAGGCCACAUGGGCUUGCAAAAUAACCAAUAAAUAUGGUGAUGAUCCAGAAAGUAUCGCAGAGAAACAUGGACACAAGGAACUAAGAAAAUUAAUCAAAGAAUUGUCAAUUAAUGCAGCAAAUAAUUUCACCAGUUGCAGAGACAAAGCAGAAGACAGUAACACUUAUGAGCUUAUGUUAGGCUUGGAAACUCAACCAGCCAUGAUAUUAAAAACCAAGCAGAACCCGGGAGAUCAAUAUGGAAUUGGAUCAAGAUGCCAACACAAAGCUGAUGUGGAUGAGGAAAAGAAAGAUGAUGUAAGAGACAGCAGAGAGGAGACAGAACGUGAAGAUCAAGAAGAGGAAGAAUCAUAUAGCUUUCACAACAGUCCUGACAAUUUGUAUGCCAACAUACAGGAUGAUCUCAAAGAGAACAGAAGAGAUUGCUUUCUCUGUAAGAGGCCACCCCCUCCUCCCCCUCGAAAUCUGCCUGGCAUCCUAAGACAGGACAAUCUGCACAAAUCACAAGAGAGGAGUUUUGUGAUGGACCGGAACAAAAGAGAACAUGGUGAUGGACUCAAAACAGGAUGCUACAGAGAAGACCAAGAUACAUGUGAGGAAGACAGCGAGGAGGAACACCUAACUGCUGUGAAACUGGAGGAAUCUGUGUAUGAUUUCAUAGGGGGUGAGGAGGAGGAGAAAAGGAAACAUUGCAGGUCCUUUAUCGUGAACAGGCUGCCAGCCCCUGCCCCUCAUCCCACAUGUUCACUGGUCAGAGAGGAGAACACGCCCUAUAUAGUACAAGUGUUUCAGCAAAAGGCCACUCGAGUGACCAGUGACAACAACAGGACAUAUUGCGACGCUAAGAAGCCCGCACACAGAGGCCACACUGACACAGCAACUUACAGCAUCAUGAAAUACAACCUCCCUGCUGAACAGGAAGAACCCAUCCACUUGCAGGAACAGGUGAAAAAGGGGGCAAUUUCUGUGGAUGAAGCCCUGGACAGAUUUAAAUGGUGGCAGAAGGAAAAAGAGAGACUACAGAAAAAGUGCAUCACCCUAGAGACACCACUAUUGGAAACAGACAAGAAAAUUAAAAUCUGA